AUGGCUGGCUCCAUGGUGGACCGGGCCACCAGCGACAUGCUCAUCGGCCCCGACUGGGCCAAGAACAUGGAGAUCUGCGACAUCUGCAACCGCGACCCCGGGCAAUCAAAAGAUGUUGUGAAGGCUCUCAGGAAAAGGAUUGUGCACAAAAAUCCGAAAGUUCAGCUUCUUGCGCUAACUCUGUUGGAAACUGCAAUCAAGAACUGUGGGGAUAUAUUCCAAAUGCAUGUUGCAGAGAGAGAUGUGUUGCAUGAGAUGGUGAAGAUGGUAAAGAAAAAGUCUGAUCCACGUGUGAAAGAGAAGAUUUUGGUUCUCAUAGAUACAUGGCAAGAAGCUUUGGGUGGACCACGUGCAAGAUAUCCACAAUACUAUGCAGCUUACCAUGAGUUGGUGCGUGCUGGAGCUCAAUUCCCCAAGAGAACUGAGAGACCCGCACCACUGUUUAAUGGGCAGUCUCAAGCAGCAAAUAGUAUGCGUAGUCCUGAUCAACGGGAUGAAGCUGAGUCUUCUGCUGGAAAUGACUUCCCUGCUCUGAAUACGACAGAGAUUCAGAAUGCUCGUGGUAUCAUGGAUGUACUAGCAGAGAUGCUGAAUGCUCUAGACCCUGGAAACAGAGAGGGACUAAGGCAAGAGGUAAUUGUGGAGCUUGUUGAUCAAUGCCGCACUUACAAGCAGAGAGUGGUACAGCUGGUUAAUACUGCCUCGGAUGAGGAACUUUUAUCACAGGGUCUUGCAUUGAAUGAUGAUUUGCAGCGUGUUCUAGCAAAACAUGACGCGAUUGCUGCAGGCAUUGCGGUUAGAGUGGAGAAAAAACCAAAGUCUCUACAGGCGCUUGUAGAUACUGAGGAUUCUGCAAAUCAAGACUCUAAGAAAGAGCAGGCACUAGUAGAUAUUGAUGAUCCCACAAGCCAAGAUUCUAAAACAGAGCCUAAUCAAAGUACAAGUGACCAGUCUCCAUUUGAGCAACUAGCGCUUCCAGCACCGCCGAUGUCGAAUGGUUCAGCAACCCACCCCCCAAAACCUGAUUCUGGCAUUGAUCUUCUUAGCUGGGAUGAUACACCAUCUACAGCAGAAAAUUCUUUGGCUCUUGUCCCAGUCACUGAUCCACUGGCUGACUCUACUUCAAAUCAAAAUGCACUGGCAAUCGUGGAUAUAUUUUCUCAAACCAGUACCGCUACUAGCAGUGCCAAACCACUUGACCCCUUCGGUCUCAAUUCAAGUCCCGCUCUUCAGGGAUCACAGCCAUACAACAUUCCAACUCAGCAGCCUUUACAAUCACAACAGCCUCCUCAGCAGGCGGCGCUCUAUCCUAAUGGGGGUGCUGUAAACCCUGGAACAUCUUAUGAUCAUGCAUCCCAGUUUAAUCACACGAAUUCUGGAUGGAAUGGUCAAGCUGCUAACCAUGCCACACCCCCACCUCAGCAAAUGAAUUAUGAUGACCAAAGUGGAUCCCUUCCGCCGCCUCCAUGGGAAGCUCAGUCCGUACCAAGCAAUGAAAUGUCCAAUGGCCAAUUGGGAGGUAUGCAAUCACUGCCAACAAGCCAGCCAGGUAGCGUGCAGCCACUACAACCGCAGAACAACCAUAUGGGAGGUCUACAAACCCAGCCGAUGUAUAACAACCAACCGGGUGCUAUGCUACCUCAGACAAUGCAAUCCAGCCAAACUAUUGGAGCACAGAUGCAGCCAGGUUAUGGGAACCAGUUUGGACAUCAGCCACAACAUUCCAUGCCCAUGCCAGGUAUGCAAUUCGCCGGUAUGCAACAUUCGCCGAUGCCAGGGGUGCAACAGCCAGCGAUGAUGUACGGUCAACAAAUGCCAGGCACACAGUUUGGAGGAAUGCCACAUCAGCAAAUGUAUGGUGGUCAGAUGGCGGCGGCGGCAUACGCGGCAUACGGUUAUAUGCAGCAGCCAGGAGCACAAUACUACAAUCAGGGAAGGCCAUAUGGGUACCCUGGUACCAAUGACCUCUCGCAGAACAUGUAUGGUCUUUCCAUGCAAGACAGCUCGCAUAUGGGGAUGAACUCGUCCUACCAGACGACACCAUCUUCGUCUUCCAUGGGGCAACCCAUCAGGCCAUCGAGACCUGAGGACAAGCUUUUCGGCGACCUUCUAAGUAUCGCCAAGACGAAGCAGAACAGAGCUUCAUGAUAUAUACGUGAGUCACAGUGUGAGUGGUUUAAUAUAUUUUGUCUAUUUUUACAUGAUUUUUCCACGUGGCUUGUUCAUACACUUGUAGCUCCUGGAUGUGUAAGGUUCAGUUUUUGUACGCUGCCUCCCCACAUUGAUUCCAUUGAAUUCGUUUUGACGUGUGUACUGGUCACGCCAGAGGGGAGAUAUUGGUAAAGUGAUGAUUUAAUAAAGAUUAAAUAGUUCUGAGGCAA